UUACUGCUAAUGUAGGCUAUGCUUGAAACGUAACCAGAUGACGUCGUAGACUUAUUUGCAUAAUGAUGGAAUUGUCAUGAAUGGUUGUAUAUCCAAACAUUUAACCUGAAUUAGGAAGAUUUUCUAACAAGAUAUUUAGAAAAGAACAGAACAGAACAUGUUCCAUUGGACACAAAUGCACACUCUGGGUGUUAAUUCAACACUAGGGAUUUUACUGUGCAGUGACGUCAUCCCCUGAAUAUCAAAUGUUUUUUUGUUUUUUUUUAGUGUUGUGGGUUAAUGAACUGCUUUCCUUGUCUGUUUUUGCACAGGGUUAAACUGUGGGCUUCUGCUUUCGGUGGUGAAAUCAAAUCCAUCGCCACCAAAUACUCCGGUUCACAAGUACUGCAGAAGAAAUGUAAGGAGUACGAGCGCACAGUUCGGAUGGAGGAGGCUGACGGAGCCAGGCUGGUGCAGAGCAUCUCUGAGAAAAUGGCCGAAAUGUUCCGCAGCAAAGCACAAGCCGCACGGAGGCUGGUGGAGGCUGCGGAGGAGGCGCACCUACAGCAUGAGGAGAACCCCGACCUGCAGUACGAGUACUUUAAUGCAGUCCUGAUAAACGAAGUGGAUGAGGACGGGAACAGCGUGGAGUUGGGAGGAGAGUUUAUCCUGGAGCCAAACGAUCACUUUAACAACCUGUCAGUAAACCUGAGUCUGAGCGUGGUGCAGGUCCCCACCAACAUGUACAACAAAGAUCCUGAUAUAGUAAACGGUGUGUACUGGUCUGAGGCGCUGAAUAAAGUGUUUGUGGAUAAUUUCGAGAAGGACCCCUCACUCAUCUGGCAGUAUUUUGGAAGUGCUAAAGGCUUUUUCAGACAAUACCCAGGUGUGAAAUGGUAUCCUGAUGAACACGGAGUCAUCUCAUUCGACUGCCGCAACAGAAAAUGGUACAUCCAGGCAGCUACGUCUCCGAAGGACGUGGUGAUUCUGGUGGAUGUGAGCGGCAGUAUGAAGGGUCUCCGGCUCACCAUCGCCCGGCAGACCGUCUCCUCCAUCCUGGAUACGCUGGGAGACGACGACUUCUUCAACAUCAUCGCUUACAAUCAGGAGGUUCAUUACGUGGAACCGUGUCUGAAUGGAACUCUGGUGCAGGCCGACAAAACCAACAAAGAUCAUUUCCGAGCUCAUCUGGACCGGCUGUUUGCGAAAGGCAUGGGGCUGCUGGGAGACGCUCUAACUGAAGCUUUCACAAUUCUCAAUGAGUUUAACCAAGCAGGCCGUGGGAGCGUGUGCAGUCGGGCCAUCAUGCUGGUGACGGAUGGAGCCACUAAAAUGUACGAUGAGGUUUUUGAGAAGUACAACUGGCCCGAGCGGAAGGUGCGCAUUUUCCCCUAUCUGAUUGGACGAGAAUCAGCCUUCGCAGAUAACCUUAAAUGGAUGGCGUGCGCUAACAAAGGUUAUUUCAGUCAGAUCUCCACCCUGGCUGACGUUCAGGAGAACGUAAUGAGAUACCUGCACGUCAUGAGCCGCCCAAAAGUCAUCGACCACGAGCACGACAUGGUGUGGACCGAGGCCUACGUGGACCAGGCUCUCGCUCAGGCUCAUAAGCAACUUUCUGCACGCAACGGCCCAAAUCCCAUGACCACGGUGGCCAUGCCUGUCUUCAGCACCAAGAAUGAGACGAAAAAUCAAGGCAUUCUCCUGGGUGUAGUGGGAAUAGACAUUCCCAUUCAGGACCUGAUGAAGACCAUCCCCAGACACAAGCUGGGAAUUCACGGCUACGUGUUCGCCGUCAACAAUAACGGCUACAUCCUCAUACAUCCAAACCUCCGACAUCUGUACCAGAAUGGUCAGAAGAGACGGAAGGCCCAUUACAGCAGUGUUGACCUGUCUGAGGUGGAGUGGGAAGACACUGACAAUUAUCUCAGGAACGCUAUGGUGAACAGAAAAACAGGCACCUUCUCCAUGGAGGUGAAGAGGACGGUGGAUAGAGGGAAACGUGUUCUGUCGAUGCACAACGAUUACUACUUCACAGCCAUCAGAGGAACGUCAUACAGUGUUGGAGUGGCUUUAUCCAGAGGCCAUGGAAAGCACUUCUUUAAGGGAAAUGUUACACUGGAAGCAGGUCUGCGUGAUCUGGAUCAGCCGGGCGUGGCUCUGGCAGACGAAUGGACAUACUGCAACACCGACGAGCAUCACGAGCAUCGCUACCUGACGCAGAUUCAGGCCAUCAAACUCUACCUGACCGGCCGCAAACCACACCUCAAGUGCGACAGGGAGCUGAUCCAGCAGGUUCUCUUCGACGCCGUGAUCACCGCUCCGCUCAAGGCCUACUGGACCGGCCUCGCUCUCAACAAGUCAGAGAAUCCUGAUAAAGGAGUGGAGAUUGCGUUCCUUGGCACUCGCACUGGUCUCUCCAGAACCAACCUGUUUGUGGUCCCGGAGCAGCUGACCAAACAGGAUCUGCUGAGGGCAGAGGAUAAGGAGGGUGUCUUUAAUGCGGAUCACUUUCCCUUGUGGUAUAAGAGAGCGGCCGAGCAGGUUCCCGGCACCUUCAUUUACUCCAUUCCCUUUAGUGCAGCACAGGAUAAUAAGAGUGUGGUGUUGGCCAGCACUGCUAUCCAGCUCCUGGAUGAGAGGAAGUCUCCUAUAGUGGCAGCUGUCGGGAUUCAAAUGAAACUGGAAUUCUUUCAGAGGAAGUUUUGGACAGCCAGCCGACAGUGUAACGCCCUGGACGGGAAAUGCAGCAUCAGCUGUGACAAUGAGGAUAUUAAAUGUUACCUCAUUGACAACAACGGCUUUGUUCUGGUGUCUGAGGAUUAUUCUCAGACAGGGCUCUUCUUUGGAGAAGUGGAAGGGGCCGUCAUGAACAAACUUCUCCUCAUGGGCUCUUUUAAUAGGCUCACUCUGUAUGAUUAUCAGGCUCUGUGUAAGGAGUACGUAGGCAGCAGUGACAGCGCGCGCACUUUGCUGAACCCGUUCUCUGCUGUGAAGUGGCUCAUCAGUGAAAUGAUCCUAUUCCUGCUAGAGUUUAACUUCUACAGCUGGUGGAGUUUUGACUCGACUGUGAAAGCUGACAGAGUGAACAGGAGGGCGAUGCUGGUGCCAUGUGAUAUGGAGUAUCCGGUGUUUGUCUCAGAGCGCACGAUCAAAGAGACGGCCGGCAGCAUCGACUGUGACGGCUGUAUCAGGACGUUUGUCAUUCAGCAGAUCCCCAGCAGUAACCUCUUCAUGGUGGUUGUGGAAAACAAGUGUGACUGUAGCUCCGCCCCUCCAGUUACCAUGGAGCCAAUCGAGAUCAUUUACAACGAGUCUCUUAAGUGUGAGACAAUGAAGUUUCAGAAGGACCGCAAACGUCCUGACUCCUGUCACCCCUUCCAUCCUGAGGAAAACGCCAUGGAGUGCGGCUCAGCCACAACCCUUUCUCCUACGCUAGCUGCCGCUUUGAGCCCCCUCCUGAUUGUCCUCAUUUCCAGGUGACCUUUGACGUGACCUUCGACCUUCCAGCCAUUGGAGGAUCGUCCUCGCUAAUGGCUACUGCUAAGUGGGGUGUGAAAACAAAAAUACCAGUUCAAAUGCAGCUUGCUGACAGAAUCAAACUCAUCCUUAUGACCUCAAAA